AUAGAGCCCGUCAGGAAACCACAGGCAGCCACAUUGCUCUCUUGAGUCACCGAGUACUUUCAGACACACUCUCACACUCAUCAGUCACACACAUGCACACACUUCUCAGCCUGGCAGCCCGCACAGCCAGCAGACUCCAGGAUGACAUUGUACUAAAACACUGCAAGACAAUCUCAUCAGUUUUUUAAAAUCUCAAUUGCAACCAUGCCCAUUCUGAAGAAGCUCCCAGGAAGGUCCAAGAGCUGCAACGAGUUCCCCAGAGUAAAUGGUGAACUGAUCCUGCCCCGGCUGGAUUUGGACCUCAGGGAUUUGAAUGAUCUCAAUGAUCUGAAGGAGCUGAAUGACCUGAAGGAUCUGAACAAGAACCUGAACCCCUUUGAGGAUGUGGACCUGGAGGAGGACGAGAGGAAUGGAGGUGACAUGGGCCUCAUCAUGGGAAAGGUCAGGGAUAACCUCCAGCUUAGGCCCUCCCGUGAUGGAGAAGAGGAGGAAAAUGAGGUGAACGCAGAGAGGCACGGAGCAGGGAACCCUAAAGGGAAACCCCUCAGAGGGACCUUGGAGCGAAUCUGUGGAGUGUCACCCCUCAAAACCCUGGGAAAAUUGGGGAAGGGGCUCCGCAUAUCGGGACGCAACGUUUGGGGGAACAAUUCUCCCCACUACAGCCCUGGAGACUCAAAUACACUACCCCCAGAGAGGGAGAAAAAGAAAGGACUACGCAGAAGCUCAGAGGGAAUUAUGACCCUGCUACGCUUUACAGGUCGACGUAAGGAGGAACGCAGAGAAAGCCUGCCCUGUGGGGACCUGAGCGCAGACAGUGAGGCGGAGGCUUCUAGGCGGUCCUCCUUCCUCAGGAUGGUCAGUCUGGGCAAGCUGAAGAGGGAAUCCAUGUCAGACAAGGCCUCCCAAGAGGCUGAGGAGGAAACAGAUGAGGAGGAGCCGGUGGUCAAAACCAGAGAGCCCCUCUCAGUACUGGAGAUCUUACAGUUGGUCAACCACAGGGACCUUCUACUGGCCGACACACACAUUCAGGAGUUGGAGCGUGAGUGCGAGCUGCUGUCUCUCCUGCCUACCCCAACUACUCCCACCCAUACUCCUACACUGUGUCCCAGCACCCCUCCCGGCAUGAUCCCCUUACCAUCCUCAUCCAUUGAUGACUCCCUCAGCUCCAACGCAACACUGGACUCAAGCCGGCGGAAAGCUAAGGAUGUGGAGCUCCUGUAUGAGGCCCUGCAGAAGGAAAUGUGGGACGUUGUGCGGGAGUCCCUCCGCCAGCCAAGCGCUGGUCCCAACCUUGGGCUGGUGGUGCUGGUGAUCCAACAGGAGGAGCAUGCUGAUGCUGCCUGGGCCCUGAGAGAGGAGACCAAGCCAGAGCAAGAUGGCCCGUCUAACCAGCCCAGCCAGCGUCCCCGGCGACUGAAGAUGAAGUGGAGGCAGGCUGUGGCUGAGGCCGCAGAUUGGAGCCUGCCACAUCAGGUGGAUACACAGGCAGGUCAGCUGGCCUCAUACCUGGAGCGCCUGAGGAGCCGGAUGGUGGAUGACCUCGAUGCAGCAAGGAGGAAUGCUGUAUCCAUUUACCCAGAGGAGUUUGCUGCCUUCCAGGUGUAUGUGGAAAGUUACCAUCGAGCCGUGGCCCAACGUCUUCGGACUACAACCAGUGGCCCGCUGCAGAUUACAGACGUCUACUCACUACUGGACUGGUUCUACAACAUCUACAACAGGGAUGUCCUAGGAACCAUUGGCACAACCACACCUAUCAGCUAUUCCCCUCUGGAGCCCAUUCUGGCUCAAGACACAGUGGACAGGCUGGAACAAGACUGCAUCAGUAUUGUCAGGGAGAAGGUGACAACGGAGCUUAUUCAAGUUCUUGAUGAAGAGGAGAGGCGAUGGGCCCAGACUCUGCACAUAGAGGAGUUUCAGUCACACCUAGCACGUUCAGUCAUCCAGAGGCUAAAGGUGGAUUUGGACAGAUCUACAUCUGUGAACCAGUUUCUAGGGGCAAGAGUGGCUCGCUGUAGUCUCACUGGAUUGGCUGACUUUCUCUACAAUUUCCAGAGGAAGGUGGAGAUGUUUCAUGAGACUCAGGCAGAAUUUGGAGACCGAGGGGAUGGAUAUGUUUCCAGGACCAUAGCUCUGGUCAACUGCUGCCCUCCUCUCAGAUCCUUUGUGGAGCGCUGCAGGCAGUGUGACCCACAGGGCAGCGAGGAGUCUGCGCAGAGAGCCAACUCCUCCCUGGACAGGAUCAUCAACCAGUCAGUGAGGGUGCUGACUGAAAGACUGUUUGAGCACAUAAGGCCUUUCUUUGACAAACUGAUAAAGAGAAAAUGGCUGAAUAACACGGAGGCCUUUGAGGCCAUUGAAGCCAGCAUUAAACACCAUUUCAAGAAGUUCAGAAGGAUGGACUCUCCACCAUAUCAGACACUGGUGGGUGAGGUGCACCGACGGGUCCUGGUAGAGUAUGUCCGAGCCAUCAUGCGGGGCCGGGUCAUCUGCACAUCCUCCAAGAUGAGGAAGAGAAUGGCUUUCCGCCUGCAAGAUGAGUCCAAACAGCUGAAAGGACUCUUUAAAGAUCUGGAAUCAUCUAAUUCAGCUCAAUCAAGCUCAUCUAGCUCAUCUGCGUCAUCUGUCACCAUCAUCACCACUCACUCCAUCUCCAUCCAAACCCAUCCUGGUGUCUUGGUGAAAGAAGAAAUCAUUGCAGCCUUUGACGACACCAAACAGACCAAACUUCCAUCAACACCCGUCUACUUCCCUUCCACUCAUCCUCCUCCUUAUAUCCUUCCUCUCCACAGGAAGAAGCAUGUCUCCACCCUGCUCAACAUACGGGGGAUGAUGCGGCAGGCGGAGCGCCAGGAGAUCCUCAACAUCGUCAAAGACUUUGAAUGCAGUAGUGACCUCAUGUGCCGGGACCACGCCCUAUUUUCUGACAUCCCUAUCACCUCAGAGGUGCACUGCAUCAGCUUAGGUCUCCUCCGCCUUGCCAUGACCGUCUCCAACUGGUUUUCAGAGCACCGUCCGAGGCGGAUCCGCAGGACAUGUGGCAGAAACGCAGCACCUCAACCUGCUGAGAAUAUGGAAGAUAUAAAUAAACUUCACAGAGAAGACUAGCUGUUGAUGUUUGUGUUAGGAGAGCGGUCACAGACAUGCUGUGAAGAUACUAAUGAGAUGUACAUGCACCUUGACCAAAAACUGUACCAAAUAUUGUUACCAGCCAUUUAAAGAAACUUGACCUCAGGUACUCCUCGUACUGUACACGCUCACUUACUGACAUUUCUCCAUCUCCACAUGUGCAUUUUUAAUGGAAAUGUGAAACAGAUUGUGGAUCGUAAUAGCUCAUUAUGACUUGUAGUUGUUCUAUUUUGAUCUCAACAAAUACAGAAAUAAAUAAGUGGAAUAAAGUAUGCUCAAAAUGUAAUUUCUUCAGUCUUUUUUAGCCUUUCAUUCCUCCACAUCAUGGCAGAAACCACUGCUAGCAGAUGCAAUGCAAUAUGAUCUAAGAUGUUUGCUGUUUAACAUGUAUUUACCCAACCAUAUAUACCCAUUCUCUGGUAUAUAGUGCACCUAUAUGUAAGUAAAUAGUGUAUCAAAAUGUAAAUGUGUUGAACUCCCACUGUGAAUGAAAUGGAUCUUUUGCUGGAACUGUAAUAAA